CUCCGUUGCUGCCUGUUCGGAAGAGUAGAGUCUCGUGAUGAGGAGCAAGCAUCUUGUUGGCUCAAUCGACGGAUUCCGUGAGUUUAAUGAACUUUUUCCUGCACUCGUGGGAGCAAGUCAUGGAUCGAACUAUCUAUUUCUGGCUCGGGGAAGAGUGGGAGUCGAUGGGGCUGCAUAUACAUCGCCUCUCUCGCAGCGUCAAUCGGUAGAUUCUGGACUCGUGCGCGUACAAUUGAGUGCGGUUAGGGUGUCUGUUGAGUGGCGAGGAGUUUAAAUGGUUUGUUUCUUUCGUGUGAGUGAGUAGGAGGUCAUGAUCUGUUUCUGUUGUCGCUGUCAGUCACACGGAAUGUCUUCAAUUGUUGCGGUCAGCGUCAUACGGUGUGCAUUGGUUCGGUGUGCGUGAGUGUGCGCGCGCGCGCGUUUGCAUGUGAAGGCCAUUCUCAUUGCGUGCAUGUUAAGUCGAAGAUCGAGGGACUGAGGGGAAUUACACUUGCAACUGAAUAAGGCACCUGUAUUUGUAUGGAUCAUUAUUUACAGCACAAGGAAUUAGCUGCGAUUUUGUUUUGAUGUGUCAUUUAAGCGCAUGCGGUUGUGCUUAGCGGAACUCAUGUUCAGUAGAGUGCUCUGCAGUUAAUUUCAGAAUGCUGACGUACUAUGGUCUGCAGCAAUACUAUCGUGGCUGAGUCUUUUCCCCGCAAUACCUUGCAGCUCUCAGGGGUUGCUAUAGUAGACUUUCUAGAUUUUCAUGCAUACACUACGCUCUUGUGUGUCUCAGUGUUGCGCACGCCUCUUAGUUUCUGUCCAUUUCAAAGCUUUGAUGUUUCGCGGCACCCCUAUCUUUCGCCAGUCUGGUUGAAUUAGCACUUGAGCUUACUACAGUGGCAAAGAGCGCUUCAUGAUUAAGUAAUCAGUGGUAUCAUGACUCGGGGUGAGCAAUUUGCGAGACCAGCUUCAGGAUACUUGAUGUCCUACAACACUUAUUUUUCGAAACCAGCUCCAUGUUCUCCUAUGAAACCGACCUCAAAGGUCCUGCCAAUAUCAAGGGGUGAUCCUUUUCAUGUCGUUCACAAAGUACCUGUGGGAGACUCUCCGUAUGUGAAGGCCAAGCAUGUUCAGUUGGUUGAUAAAGACCCUGAUCGAGCGAUAGCACUAUUCUGGGCUGCCAUUAAUUCAGGAGAUCGAGUUGACAGUGCUCUUAAGGACAUGGCUAUCGUGAUGAGACAGCAAAAUCGACCACAAGAAGCUAUCGAGGCCAUCAAGUCGCUACGUAGCCGCUGCUCUGACCAGGCUCAAGAAUCCCUGGACAAUGUUUUACUUGAUCUUUACAAGAGAUGUGGAAGGCUUGACGAUCAAAUUGAUCUGCUGAGACACAAGCUUCAUUUGAUCCAUCAAGGGUUGGCCUUCAAUGGGAAGCGCACGAAGACGGCCCGUUCUCAAGGCAAAAAAUUUCAAGUAUCUGUGAAACAAGAAGCAACUCGCCUUCUUGGCAAUCUUGGAUGGGCAUACAUGCAGCAGUUAAAUUUUGUAGCUGCUGAAGCCGUGUACAGGAAAGCAUUGUCAAUUGAAACCGACAUCAACAAAGUUUGCAAUUUGGGCAUUUGCUUGAUGAAGCAAGGGCGUCUGGAAGAAGCUAAAGCCGCUCUUCAGAGAGUGACCGUAGCGUAUAGUGGCAUUCGGUGGGCAUCAGAUUCUCAACUUAAAUCCUAUGAGCGCGCCCAGGAUUUGUUAAAAGAGUUAGGGUCCUCCAUAGGGUUGAAGGGAUCUCAUGAUGAUAUUCUACAACAGUUGAGCUCAUUUACCAUUCCAGGUUGUAACUCAGAUGUGAGUGCUCACGACUCAACCUUGUGGCAACCUCAGCCAGCCAUGCCACGUCAACCUCGUCGUGCCUCUCGGUCUGGUCUGGAACAAGUUUCUCGGUCUAAUAUUGACCCGUCUAUGUCUGGUGCCUUCGUAGCCACUUCAGGAUUUGGCCCUGCGCAUCAUACCAGACAUGACAUGACCGGGAGCUACAGAACACAGUCUUGGCUACAAGAUGGUAGCUGCUCUGGAAGUUCCAGUGGUUGGGAUGAAGAUGAUUUCGAUGACGCAUCUCUUGAUGAAUUCUCUGAUGGAUCAGAUUUUCAAGGGUAUCCGCAGGAGUCAAUCAGUUCCAACCCCAUUGCUUCUGAGAACGAGGAGAUGCAAUGGCAUGUUGAGACCAGCUUGCGGGAGUGGUUGGAGAAGGCAAUCGCUUUGAAGAAUGGUCUGUAUGAGAGACAGCUUGGGAUGGAAGGUGAACGUGAAGCUUACAAGUCUUUUCCUGUCGCAACGGCGACCCCGCCAGCACGUGACAUGGCAUCAACUACUGUAGCUCAAUCUUGUAUCCCAGUUGCAAAGCCAACACAAUCCCUCUCUUCGAAGCUUUCUAGGACGCCAAUUAAAAAGUUCUUAGAUAUUGCUAAACCUCUUCCUUACCAGCACUCAAACUCAAGGGACGUUCCCUCACGUCACGCUGACGUUGAGAAACAGAGGACAAUCAAAGUUGAGGAGGAAAAGAGUACUUGGGAUUUACUGGACUUCACUUUCAACCCUGGUGACCUCGACUUCGGUCGAGCCAGUAACAGGUUUGAGACCAAUGAUGAAAUUCAGGACUCUUCUUUUAAUCGUGAAUUUGCAGAAAGAAUUACUUUCAUUUGACGACCUUUUUGCCAUAGAGAUAAAUAUGAGGCGGCAACGAAGAUUCCGGGUCGUACGCUUUUCUAGUGAUCACUCUACCUAAGACCUUUCAGGUGUGGGACUAGUCUCAGCUGUGAAAGACCAGCAACCGUAAAUCACAGCCACACUUUUACAUCAGCACUUAAGAACGCUACUGCAGGAGCGGUGGAGCAAGUGUACAUGUUUGAUAAAUUGAAGACAGGCUGCUCACGCCACACUCAUGAGGUAAAUAGACUGGUAUACCUCAUUGUAGAUUUUAUUUUCAGUAACACUGGAUGUAAUCUUGGAGAACAAUGUGGGAGAGCUAGAGCACAGUUGAAACGAUGCGCAAGCGAUUGUUCGCGAUCUUGAGAAACACAGUAGGUGUAAACUCAGUUACGUGGAGAGGCAGAGCAGCUUAUCACCUCGAGUGCAAAGCACCAAAUCAUCUCUACGCAUCGCAAACAGGUCCAUUAGUUUCACGUGACUCAUUGUUCUGCACAAACGCCAUGUGUAUAAUUGAGUUGGAGAUGAUUUGAAGAGAUACUCGCCAUGUUACUGGCUUAGUAUAGUCUUUAUAUUGUUACUUGAAACUUAUCACUGCGUAGUGUGAAGGUGAAUGACCUCCAUGGGAGAAGGCAAUCUAGGUUUCAGACUAUGGCUAAACAUUUCCCUUGGCAGCAGUAUUGUAUUGUAGUUGUUAAAUUCGAACAUUUUUCUCGUGGGUUUGUCCAAGCUUAACGUGUGAAUAAAACUGUUUUGAAUUCUCCUA